UGCGAAUCUACAAGAAGGGUGAUAUUAUAGACAUUAAGGGAAUGGGUACUGUUCAAAAAGGAAUGCCUCAUAAAUGCUGCCAUGGCAAAACUAGGAGAGUCUACAACGUCACUCAGCAUGCUGUUGGCAUUGUUGUAAACAAGCAAGUUAAGGGCAAGAGUCUUGCCAAGAGAAUUAAUGUGUGUAUUGAGUGUAUUAAGCACUCUAAGAGGCGAGACAGCUUCCUGAAGCGCCUGAAGGAAAAUGACCAGAAAAAAAAGGAAGCCAAAGAGAAAGGACCCUGGGUUCAUCAGUUGAAGCACCAGCCUGCCCCACCCAGAGAAGCACACUUUAUGAGAACUAACAGAAAGGAACCUGAGCUGCUGGAGUCCGUUCCCUAAUUGCCUGCUUGUUAGGCCCAGGGAAUCUGAGCCGUGAUUUCGGAAGACUUCUACUGGCAUCCUUAGAGGACAAGAAGCCCUGUCCUACAGGGUGAAGAGAAUUCCCCUUCUGUUCACAUCUUGCACAUCUUUUUUGGUGUGGUCUAGGUGUGCUGAGGGACACCAGACCUUGUGACCUCACGUGAGCAAAGUCACCCUUGAAACUCAUGUGCAUCAUCUUCUUUAAGUUUGAUCCUCGUCCUGUUUCCAAAAAUGCAUACAGGCUCAUCCUGGCAGCCAACAGAGAUGAAUUCUACCACAGACCAUCCAAGUUGGCAGACUUCUGGGGCAACAACAAUGAGAUCCUCAGCGGUGUGUGUAUGUGUAUGCACUCACAUACCACAGUACAUGUGUGGAGGUCAAAGGCCAACUUACAGGAUUCAGGGCUCGACAUGGAAGAAGGCAAGGAAGGAGGAACAUGGCUGGGCAUCAGCACACGUGGGAAACUGGGCGCACUCACCAACUACUUGCAACCCCGGCAGGAAACGGACACCCGUGGCAGAGGUGAACUUGUGACCCACUUUCUGACCAGUGACAUGGAUAGCCUGUCCUACCUGAAAACAGUCUCUGCAGAGGGUCACCUGUACAAUGGCUUUAACCUCAUAGCAGCUGACCUGAGCACAGCAAAAGGAGACAUUGUAUGCUACUAUGGAAACCGAGGGGAGCCUGAGCCUAUUGUCUUGACACCAGGAACCUAUGGGCUAAGCAAUGCAUUGCUGGAGACACCCUGGAGGAAGCUGUGCUUCGGCAAGCAACUCUUCACAGAGGUGGCGGAGCAGAGCCAAGCACUCCCUAAGGAUGCCCUUGUUGCCCAGCUCCUAAAUGUGCUCAACAAUGAGGAGGCACAACUGCCAGACCCAGCCAUUGAGGACCAGGGCCAGGAGUAUGUACAGCCCAUACUGAACAAGUACGCAGCUGUGUGUGUGCGCUGUGCCAACUAUGGCACCAGAACCAACACCAUCAUCCUCCUGGAUGCAGAUGGCCAUGUGACCUUCACAGAACGCAGCAUGCUGGACAAGGACCCCUCUCACUGGGAGACCAGCACCUACGAGUUCACACUGCAGAGUUAAGCCCUGCUUCUCAGCAUGGCUAACAUGAACAGGAGCCUUCCAUGGCCACAUUGUACUGUCUGUGACUCAUCCAGAAUCCUUAGGACAAGGACUCUCUGAUCUGUGUGUUCUCCAUCCUUGUCAUGGACCCAUCUCAGGGUUUGCCUUUAUGCCAGUGGGGAGUAGCACAGUCAAUAACAGGUCUGAGUUGGGACUAGAUGUGCCAUAUAUGUGUGAAUGCACCUGUGCCUACUCUGCCCUCGUGCACAUAGGGCAUUUGCAUGUGCUCACAUGCUCAUCCCUAUCCCCUCACGUGCACACACAUGUGCCUAACAAUCAGGAGCACCUCUCGUUCCAUGCAUGUCUAGCAGAUGGGUUUGGUCAGGUAAUAGAAGCUGGCUUUUAUUGAAACUAGCCUUUCCUCUCCUGAAUAUGUAGAACACAACUCUGACUCAUUCCCCACAGCCAAACAUGUUUAUGUUCAUUUUGAAAAUGAGUGAAGCAGACACAAGAAAAACCUACUUUUACAGGAACAGCCUUAUUGGAGCUCCCAUAGUACUGUGUUGUUAAGGGGUCCUAUGUACACUGUGUGGACUGAGUGACUCUGUACAUUGGUCAGCCCCAUGGGGAGAGGGUGGUUGUGUGUACCCUGGAAGCUCUUAAACCCCUACUUGACCAGCAGGCAUUGUGGGUUCUGAGCAGGGCCAUCUCAGAAAGGGGACUCAGCCAUCCCCUGCUUUCUCCCAUAUCCCUCUUGGCAAGUUAGACCUCAUAGGAAUAUGAACUUGAAUGUGAGCUAUUGACAAUAAAAUUUUGAGGGUGUGAUGAGUAAGGGUAUUUCAAAGUCCUUCCUUUGUAUGGUGGUGACAAUGGGAACUGGAACUUCACGUUAGGUUAGGUGCCCACGCAAGGAUUUUCUCACUUUGUCAUGGCCUCUGGAACACUGUUGGAACCUGUUCAGGCAGUCUGUGUGCCUGUCUAUCCUUAGGCAGAGGCCAGGGGGUGAGAGAGCCUGUUUAGGUGCACAUGUAUGUAACUUAGUUAGGUACAGACCACAAGAUGAGCUGCCACCACCAGGAAUUCAUUGGAAGGAGUCUCUGGAAGAAGAGGUAAAGUCAACCUGUGGGUUAUGGGGCCCAGGGGAUGGUGGGAAUGGGUAGACUGGAUGGUCCUAGACCCAAUGGACUGUCCUUAGCCCUGGGCCUUAGGAACCAUGCCACUCAGCUCUGGCCAACUAGAAGCCUCAUAGAUCAAGCUCUCUUAGGCCUCUACAUCCACCUCUGACUUGGCUUUUUAGAGCAUUGAGCACAGGGUGGACCUGAAGUGGGGUAUCCCAGGCUUGAUGUGAUGAAUUGCUGAUCUGUCUGAUGAGGAACAAGGACCCAACUUCAUUACCUUUCCAGUUUCUACCACCCCUGUCUGGGGUUCAAGACUCUCUACAUCUCACUUUAAACUCAAGUAAUGCUUGAUCCAAGUCAACCUUGAAGGGGGAUCCCAUUAGUGACAAAACCCAUGCCCCAGGCCUGAGAAGAAAUGGUUCCCAAGUCCCAUAUGGGCCUCGUCUCUGGAGUUGGGAUGACAGGCUCCUAGCUGCCCCGGAAAGUUCUUGCAUUCCACCCUUAGAACAUACCCUCAUGCCCAUCAGAUGGUUGUCUCUGUCCUGAUACUGGGACCGCCCAGGGAAAGCAUUCCAAAUCCUGGCCAUGAACUUCUCUGCCUGUCUGGGACUCUCCACUGGUCUCCUGAGAAAGGGACAGCCCAAAGGUGUAGCUUCUCUUGUUAGUGCCUAAGACCUAGCCCCAGUACUUAAGGACUCUCUGGAGACCUUUUCUGGAGAUAAUAAAGAUCAUUCUGUGUCCAAAUCAAA